ACACUAGGCAACUUGUUCGGCGUGUAGCGGAAGUUGUAUCGGUAAAGGGACCUUUCUUGAGUUCCUGCCUAGCUGGUACGCACAAACCUAGACGUUGCUGGACAGACGACGGAAAACCACUUGUCGGAAGUGACCUGAGUAUAAGUAGCACCAGCCUUCAGUCGUCUUUCUGGAAUUUUUCUACAAGAGUUCUGCGGAGACGAUCGAGGGUCCCAAGUCCGUAAGCUUUGGUACAGACCACUUACUGUGGCAAAGGGAUAGACAUGAAGACAAGGUGGAUCCUGUUCUUCAUGCUCGUCGUUCCUCUGUGGGAAGUCUGCAAGCGCUGGCCAUUUCUGACACAGUGCGCGACCUAUUUCGGCUCGGCUUGCCUGGUGUUGCUAGCGAGCUUUUGGCUGGCUCAGUUCCUCUGGUCCAACGCCUUAACGAAGCACGUUGAAGGGGAUGGCAAAGCUGUUCUGGUGACCGGUUGUGACACGGGCUUUGGGAAUUUGCUGGCGAAGCGGCUGUCCAACGAAAGGUUCUUCGUGUACGCCGGCUGUCUGGACGCCAAUGGUGACGGUGCUCGCGAGUUGUCCAAGAAUUCGAGCAUUCAGGUUGUGCAAAUGGAUGUCACGAAUGAAGACCAAAUCGAGAACGCGCUCGUCACAAUCAAGAACACACUUGGGACUAGAGUCCUUUGGGCUGUCGUUGCAAACGCAGGCGUACCUAGUCAUGGGCUACUGGAGUGGGAAAGCAUGGCCUCGAUACGAAAGGUCUUCGAGGUCAACGUGUUCGGUGUGGUCAGCGUGUCCAAGAAAUUUCUACCGCUGCUUAGGAGGUCCAAGGGUCGCCUCAUUGUCGUCUCCAGUGUUCUAGGUCGUGGCACCGUUCCUGCGGGCGUGUCUUAUUGCAUGAGCAAGCAUGCCGUCAUCUCAUUGGCUGAUGGACUGCGCCGGGAGUGCCUUGGCAGAGGUGUUGACGUCUGCACCAUCGAGCCUACUGCUUACAGGACACGGAUAGUGGCUGACGUGGGAUCUUUGGAGAUGAUCCGCGACGACCUAAGUCGGCUACCUGGCGAGGUGCUGGAUGACUAUAGCGAGCGUGAGAUACAGGAAUGGAUGAAUACGGCCGAGAUUCUUUUCAAGUGGAUGGCCCGCAAGAAUCCCAAUGAAGUAGUCGAACAGAUGGUGCGGGCCAUCAGGGAGUCCGAGCCAAAGCCGUACUACGCAGCCUGGGGACCCUUCGACCCCAUCUUCUACUUUGUCCUUCGGGAAGCACCGGCUGAGGUGGUUGACGCUCUGAGUUACGCGGUGCGCAAGAUCAGCGGAUUAAGGAAAUAGAUUCCGGAGAGAGUUGACUAACUAGUGACAGGACUGUAGUGUGUUUUUCAGACACAUAUCCUUUCAUGUCUUUCUUCAGGGAAGUUUUGGCGCCACUUCAUGAAGUGCCGCCAAAAGGGACUGAUGUAAUGGCCGAGACGAAUGGAUGGCGGCUAUAAAAAAGGUUGUUGAGUAGGUUGUGUUGAGUGAAUGGCUUCUAUGAGCAUGUUUGCUUAUUUAUAUUUAAAUAAUUGAUCACUGAUAUGUCUAUUCCAGUGGAGGAAUGUACAGUCCAUUUCGGGAAGUAUUUUCUAGCGCUUUCAUCAUUCGGCGUCUCAUCCUACUACGCAAAUGCACUGGAGAGGUAGAAAAUUUUGAAAUAGAUUUGGACAGCCAAAUACCCCUCCAUAAUUUUCAUUGUGAAAGUGUUGAUGAUAGUGCGUUCUGGAAUAAGGUUUCUGUGAAUGUACUGUGGAGAAUACAGAUCCAAAAAUCAGGAAGGUGAGAUAUAACAAAUCCAAGAGAACAAGGUUAGUGGCCAGGACCACCGAUUAUGCGAUAAGCGUUAGGUUUAAUCGUGUUAAUGCGCAGAGGGAAAGCGGGGAAAAU